UAGCCCAAACAGAGGGUUUGAUUCUUCUUCUGUGGUUGAAAAGUCAGCAGUUGCCCUGAGGGAAGAAGGGUUGGAUGUUUUUUUUUAAGGAGGAAAACUUUAUCCUCUUUUUUCCCUCCAGAGAUUUUUCUUUUUAAUUCAUCAAGAUUUCCAGAACUUUUGAGAGAAGUUCUUGCAGAUUUCAGCUGUUUUGGGCUCAACUGGUUCUGAGUGGGUUAUGAUCCAGGAGCUCUUGGUGGGUUUUCCUGAUUAGGACCACUUCACCGUUUUGAUUGACCGGUGGAUUCCGGACUCUAAUGGAGGCUUCGGAUUCCACUCAGCAGCAGGCCAACUACGUCCAGCUGGAGGGUCGAUUCAAACAACUGCAAGAUGAGCGUGAGGCGGUCCAGAAGAAGACCUUCACAAAAUGGGUCAACUCCCACCUGUCCAGAGUCUCCUGCAGGAUCACAGACCUCUACAUGGACCUGAGAGAUGGACGCAUGCUGAUCAAGCUGCUGGAGGUCCUCUCUGGAGAGAAGCUGCCGAAGCCCACCAAAGGACGGAUGCGGAUCCACUGUCUGGAGAACGUAGACAAAGCUCUGCAGUUCCUGAAGGAGCAGCGGGUUCACCUGGAGAACAUGGGAUCCCACGACAUUGUGGAUGGGAACCACAGACUGACGCUGGGCCUCAUCUGGACCAUCAUCCUGCGCUUCCAGAUCCAGGACAUCAGUGUGGAGACUGAGGACAACAAGGAGAAACGUUCAGCCAAAGACGCUCUGCUGCUCUGGUGUCAGAUGAAGACGGCCGGGUACCCCAACGUCAACAUCCACAACUUCACCACCAGCUGGAGAGACGGCAUGGCGUUCAAUGCACUCAUUCACAAACACAGGCCUGACCUGAUCGACUUCGAUAAACUGAAGAAAUCCAACGCUCACUACAACCUGCAGAACGCUUUCAACCUGGCAGAACAACACCUGGGCCUCACCAAGCUGCUGGACCCAGAAGAUAUAAGCGUGGACCAUCCCGAUGAGAAGUCUGUCAUCACCUAUGUAGUGACGUACUACCACUAUUUCUCCAAGAUGAAAGCUCUGAAGGUGGAGGGCAAACGGAUUGGAAAGGUGUUGGAUAACGCCAUCGAGACAGAGAAGAUGAUUGAGAAGUACGAGUUGCUGGCCUCGGACCUGCUUGAGUGGAUCGAACAGACCAUCAUCAUCCUGAAUAACAGAAAGUUCGCCAACUCUCUGGUGGGAGUCCAGCAGCAGCUGCAGGCCUUCAACACAUACCGCACUGUGGAGAAACCCCCCAAGUUCACAGAGAAGGGGAACCUGGAAGUCCUCCUCUUCACCAUCCAGAGUAAGAUGAGAGCCAACAAUCAGAAGGUCUACAUGCCCCGCGAGGGAAAACUCAUCUCAGACAUCAACAAGGCCUGGGAACGACUGGAGAAGGCGGAGCAUGAGAGGGAGUUGGCCCUGAGGACGGAGCUGAUUCGUCAGGAGAAACUGGAACAGUUGGCCAGACGCUUUGAUCGUAAGGCGGCCAUGAGGGAGACGUGGCUCAGUGAGAACCAACGGCUGGUUUCACAGGACAACUUUGGAUUUGACCUUCAGGCUGUUGAGGCGGCCACCAAAAAGCAUGAAGCAAUUGAGACGGACAUCGCGGCAUACGAAGAGCGUGUCCAGGCCGUGGUUGCUGUGGCGAAGGAGCUGGAGGUGGAGCACUACCACGACAUCAAACGCAUUGCAGCCAGAAAGGACAACGUGAUCCGACUGUGGGAGUACCUACUGGAGCUGCUGAAGGCCCGCAGACAGAGGCUGGAAAUGAACCUGGGUCUGCAGAGGGUCUUCCAGGAGAUGCUCUACAUCAUGGACUGGAUGGACGAGAUGAAGAUGCUGCUGCUGUCUCAGGAUUACGGGAAGCAUCUUCUGGGUGUGGAGGACCUGCUGCAGAAACACGCUCUGGUGGAGGCCGACAUCGCCAUCCAGGCCGACAGAGUGAAGGCCGUCACCACCAACGCCAGCAAGUACUCUGUCACUGAUGGCGGCUACAAACCAUGCGACCCCCAGGUCAUCCAGGACCGGGUGUCCCACCUGGAGUUCUGCUACCAGGAGCUGACCCAGCUGGCUGCAGAGCGCCGUGCCCGUCUGGAGGAGUCUCGCCGCCUCUGGAAGUUCUUCUGGGAGAUGGCGGAAGAGGAAGGCUGGAUCCGGGAGAAAGAGCAAAUUGUGUCCUCACUGGAGAUAGGGAAGGAUCUGACAGGGGCGGUGCGCCUCCUCAGCCAACAGCGUGCCCUGGAGGACGAGAUGAGCGGUCGUUCCGGCCACCUGCAGCACACCAUUGCCGAGGGCCAGGCUAUGGUCAAAGCCGGUCACUUUGGAUCCGCCAAAAUCCAGGAGCGCAUCGCCGACCUCCAGGCUCAGUGGGAGGCGCUGGAGCAGCUUGCGGCUGUGAGAAAGAAGAGGCUAGAAGAAGCUCUGGCCUUGCACCAGUUCCAGGCUGACGCUGAUGACGUUGAUGCCUGGACUCUGGACGCACUGCGCAUCGUCUCCAGCGGAGACACGGGCCAUGAUGAAUUCUCCACCCAGGCGCUGGUAAGGAAACACAAGGACGCUGCAGCAGAGGUGGCCCGCUACCGGCCGGUCAUCGACUCGCUUCACGAGCAGGCUGCCACCCUUCCCAAGGAGGAGGUGGAGUCAGAAGAUGUGCGUGGGCGGCUGGCCGGCAUUGAGGAACGCUACAAGGAGGUGGCGGAGCUGACGAAGCUGAGGAAGCAGGCACUGCAAGAUGCGCUGGCGCUUUACAAGAUGUUCAGCGAGGCCGCCGCUUGUGAAGUUUGGAUCGAUGAGAAGGAGCAGUGGCUGAACAGCAUGGAGAUCCCUGAAAAACUCGAGGACCUGGAGGUGAUCCAGCACAGGUUUGAGAGUCUGGAACCAGAGAUGAACAACCAGGCAUCCCGUGUCGCUGUAGUGAACCAGAUUGCCCGGCAGUUGAUUCACAGCGGCCACCCGAGUGAGAAGGACAUCAAGACUCAGCAGGACAAACUCAACAACAGGUGGAGUCAGUUCCGAGACCUGGUGGACCAGAAGAAGGAGUCCCUAAACUCAGCUCUGGGUGUCCAGAACUACCACCUCGAAUGCAACGAAACCAAGUCUUGGAUCAAAGAGAAGACCAAAGUCAUCGAGUCCACCCAGGAGCUGGGCAAUGACCUCACUGGAGUCAUGGCUCUGCAACGCAAACUGACUGGCAUGGAGCGUGACCUGGCUGCCAUUGAGGACAAGUUGGGCGAUCUGCGAGGUGAGGCCCAGCGGCUGGCUGAGGAGCACCCUGACCAGGCCAAGGCCAUCACGGGCCGGCUCGCUGAGAUCACUGCCGUCUGGGAGGAGAUGAAGAACACUCUGAAGAACCGUGAGGAGUCCCUGGGUGAAGCCAGGAAACUGCAGCAGUUCCUUCGCGAGGUGGACGACUUCCAGUCCUGGUUGUCCCGGACUCAGACAGCCAUUGCCUCAGAAGACAUGCCUAACACGCUGGCUGAGGCUGAGAAGCUAAUGGCCCAACACGAAAGCAUCAAGAAUGAGAUCCAGAACUACGAAGAGGACUAUCAGAAGAUGCGGGACAUGGGGGAGAUGGUAACGCAGGGCCAGACAGACGCCCAGCACAUGUUCCUGCGUCAGCGACUACAGGCUCUCGACACCGGCUGGAACGAACUGCACAAGAUGUGGGAGAACCGGCAGAACCUGCUGUCCCAGUCUCAUGCCUACCAGCUCUUCCUCCGGGACACCAAACAGGCCGAGGCCUUCCUCAACAACCAGGAGUACGUCCUGGCGCAUACCGAGAUGCCAACCACUCUGGAGGCCGCUGAGGCUGCCAUUAAGAAGCAGGAGGACUUCAUGACCACUAUGGAUGCCAACGAGGACAAGAUCAACGGUGUGGUGGAGGCGGGACGUCGGCUAGCCAGCGACGGGAACAUCAAUGGAGACCGGAUCCAGGAGCGAGUGGCGUCCAUUGAUGACAGGCACAAGAAGAACCGGGAGAUGGCAGUGGAGCUGCUGAUGAAACUGAAAGACAACAGAGACCUGCAGAAGUUCCUCCAGGACUGUCAGGAGCUUUCUCUGUGGAUCAGUGAGAAGAUGCUGACUGCGCAGGACAUGAGCUACGACGAGGCCCGGAACCUGCACAGCAAAUGGCUGAAGCACCAGGCCUUCAUGGCCGAGCUACAGUCCAACAAGGAGUGGCUGGACAAGAUCCAGAAGGACGGGAUGCUACUGGUGUCAGAGAAGCCAGAGACAGAGGCGGUGGUGAAGGAGAAACUUACUGACCUCCACGCCAUGUGGGAGAAGCUGGAGUCCACCACGCAGACCAAAGCCCAGUGUCUGUUCGACGCCAACAAGGCGGAGCUUUUCACGCAGAGCUGCGCCGACCUGGACAAGUGGCUGGGCGGUCUGGAGGGUCAGAUCCAGUCUGAUGACUAUGGCAAGGACCUGACGUCCGUCAACAUCCUGCUCAAGAAGCAGCAGAUGCUGGAGAGCCAGGUGGAGGUGCGUCAGAGGGAGGUGGUGGAGCUGCAGAGCCAGGUGAAGGCCCUCGGUCAGGAGGUGAAGGACACAGACGAGGUGGACGGGCGGAGGCAGCUGGUGGAGAGGAAGUUCCAGGAGCUUCUGGAGCCACUGCGACGCCGCAGGAACUUCCUGGUGGCGUCCCGAGAAGUUCACCAGUUCAACCGCGACGUGGAGGAUGAGAUUCUCUGGGCUCAGGAGAGGAUGCCCAUGGCUACGUCCACUGAUCACGGAAACAACCUGCAGACGGUGCAGCUGCUCAUCAAGAAGAACCAGACGCUGCAGAAGGAGAUCCAGGGCCAUCAACCUCGCAUCAACGACAUCCUGGAGCGCAGCCAGAACCUCCUUCGGGACGAGUCCUCCAACGGCGACGUGAUCCGGCAGCGCCUGGCGGAGCUGCAGCAGCUGUGGAGGCAGCUGAUGGAGGAGAUGGAGCAACGCCACGGACGGCUGGAGGAGUCCCACAAGGCCCAGCAGUACUACUUCGACGCCGCCGAGGCCGAGGCCUGGAUGAGCGAACAGGAGCUCUACAUGAUGUCAGAGGAGAAGGCCAAGGAUGAGCAGAGCGCCGUCACCAUGCUGAAGAAGCACCAGAUCAUGGAGCAGGCGGUGGAGGACUACGCCGAGACCGUCCACCAGCUGUCCAAGACCAGCCGAGGACUGGUGGCGGAUGGACACCCCGAGAGCGAGCGAAUCAGCAUGCGGCAGUCUCAGGUGGACAAACUGUACGCUGGCCUCAAGGACCUAUCAGAAGAGAGGCGGGGCAAACUGGACGAGAGGCUCCGCCUCUUCCAGCUCAACCGGGAGGUGGACGACUUGGAGCAGUGGAUCGCCGAGCGGGAAGUGGUGGCCGGGUCACACGAGCUGGGUCAGGACUACGAACACGUCACGAUGCUGCAGGAGCGGUUCCGGGAGUUUGCGCGGGACACCGGGAACAUCGGACAGGAACGCGUGGAUGCGGUGAACCGGCUGGCGGACGAGCUGAUCAACGCCGGCCACAGCGAUGCGGCCACGGUGGCAGAGUGGAAGGACGGGCUGAACGAGGCCUGGGCAGACCUUCUGGAGCUCAUCGACACCAGGACGCAGAUCCUUGCCGCUUCCUUCGAGCUCCACAAAUUCUACCACGACGCCAAAGAGAUUCUGGUCCGCAUUGCCGAUAAACAGAAGAUGCUGCCGGAGGACGUGGGCCGCGAUCAGAACACGGUGGAGACGCUGCAGAGGAUGCACACCACCUUCGAACACGACAUCCAGGCGCUAGGAACGCAGGUGAGGCAGCUGCAGGAGGACGCCGUGCGCCUGCAGUCGGCGUACGCAGGAGACAAGGCGGACGACAUCCAGCGCCGGGAGAGCGAAGUUCUGGAGGCUUGGAGGAGCCUCCUGGAGUCCUGCGACGGACGGCGGCUCCGCCUCCUCGACACCGGGGACAAGUUCCGCUUCUUCAGCAUGGUUCGGGAUCUGAUGCUGUGGAUGGAGGAUGUGAUCCGGCUCAUUGAGGCCCAGGAGAAACCCAGAGAUGUUUCAUCCGUGGAGCUGCUGAUGAACAACCACCAGGGCAUCAAGGCAGAGAUCGAUGCCCGAAACGACAGCUUCACCUCCUGCAUCGAGCUCGGGAAGGCUCUGCUGGCCCGGAAACACUACGCUGCUGAGGAGAUCAAAGAGAAGCUGCUGCAGCUGACAGACAAGAGGAAGGAGAUGAUUGACAAGUGGGAGGACCGAUGGGAGUGGCUCCGCCUCAUCCUGGAGGUGCACCAGUUCUCGCGGGACGCGGGUGUGGCCGAGGCCUGGCUGCUGGGACAGGAGCCCUACCUGUCCAGCCGGGAGAUGGGACAGAGCGUGGACGAGGUGGAGAAGCUCAUCAAACGCCACGAGGCCUUCGAGAAGUCGGCCGCCACCUGGGAGGAGCGCUUCUCCGCCCUGGAGAGGCUGACCACGCUGGAGCUGCUGGAGGUGAGGAGGCAGCAGGAGGAGGAGGAGAGGAGGAGGAGGCCUCCAUCAUUGGAAGCCGCCAUCGUCCAGCAGGAGGAUGUCCAGCAGCAGAGCACCGCCACACAGAACGGACUCCCCUCAGACCAGGAUUCUCCUCCGGAUGCGGGAGAAGGUGGCAACCUGGUGAACGGCAUUGCCGAGCGCAGCUCCAAGGAGCCAAGCCCCGCCCCCUCGCCAACCCCCGGCAGCCAGUCGUCCACGCUGCCCGGCAAGAACCAGGACCCAACCUCGCAGCUGGAUGGGUUCCUGCACCGCAAACAUGAGUGGGAGGGCCACAACAAGAAGGCCUCCAACAGGUCGUGGCACAACGUGUACUGUGUCAUCAACAACCAGGAAAUGGGCUUCUACAAGGACAGCAAGGCGGCGGGUCAGGGGGUCCCAUACCACAACGAGCCCCCCGUCAGCCUGAAGGACGCCGCCUGCGACGUCGCCUCCGACUACAAGAAGAAGAAGCACGUCUUCAAACUCAGAGCUGCAGAUGGAAACGAGUUCCUGUUCCAAGCCAAAGAUGAAGAAGAGAUGAGCACCUGGAUCCAGGCCAUCCUGAACGCCGCCGAUCGCUCCGACAUCCAGGGCUCCAACCCCGGCACGCCGGCCUCCGUGCGCGCUCAGACGCUGCCGGCCUCUGUCUCGCUCACCACCGAGUCCAGUCCGGGGAAGAGAGAGAAGGACAAGGAGAAGGAGAAGGAGAAGCGCUUCAGCCUGUUCAGCAAGAAAAAGCAGUAGACGAAGUGGGCGGAGCUUUGGUGAAACCGGAAGCGGCGCUCCGACGCAGGAAACCUCUGAUCCUCUGAACUGGAAUCUGCUUCGGAGCGCCGCUUCCUGUCGCGACUUCAUGAUCCAUCUCACACCUUCGUGAGGCCGGGCUUCAUUUCCUCAGCCUGCUGCUCUCUGGAACAGAACCAGACCCAGUUUGGGUCCAGAUCCAAACCCACCUUCUGAAUUUGGUGUUUGUGGGAUCUUAACCUCAAAAUCUCUGAUUGGAUGAUGAUUUAGUUGCAUUAUCCCUCCUGAUCCAAUCAUCUGCCUCUAAAUCAUUUAAAAUGGGUUAACAGUUAUGUUGCAUUUGAGGUCAGCUGGGAACUCUGAGUUCCCGAGACACUAAAUUUAACUUCCUGUUUGUUUUUUUUUUGUUUUUUGUUUUUUUUAACCAAACUAUAUUUAAACAAACUUCUGAUUGGAAGUCACAGUAGUGACGUCAUCGGAGAACAGCCCAUACGAGACGGCUGAGGAGGUGGAGCUGAACGUUUCAUCAGUUUCAGCUGGUUGUUGAUAAACUGUUUUUGUUUAUGUGGUCGGCACGACGUCGCUGAGGUCACUCUGUGACGUCAUCAAGCUGUGCCGCUCUGCCGACCACUGAUUGGCCCGUUUGCUCGCUGAUGGUGAUGACAUCAACGGGAACCACUUUGUUUUUGUUUAUUUUGAUCUUCUCCGGGUUGUUUUUGUAUUUCUGUUUAUCGGUUCUGGGAGGCGUCUGAAGAACCCGCCGCGGUUCUGCCGCAGAGAAAUUGGACCAACAGUGCUUUUCACGUUUUCAUUUCCCGCUGUUUGCUGUCCGUCACCUCGGUGGAGGUCUUCGUGUGAAAAUCGUCCACCUGCAUGCUACAUCACACUCACCUGAACCUCUGGGUUCUCUUUGGUUCCGUCGGCCGGGUGGAGGUGACGGGGCGCGAACACAUGACCAGAUGAAGGCUGCCUGCUCGCUGAUUUUCUGCUCUUUGAUACUCGUGUUGCUCCGCGUCGCUGUAUAUCUAUCGUACCGACAUGUAUGGAAGUUACCGCCAUCUUUACUGCACAAUCAGAACUGCAUCUGAAGGAAUGAAGGAGGAGGAGGAGGAGGAGGGCUGUUCACAGCUGAAUAUUUAAACUGAAGUUAGAGCAUAAAGCUUUCCUCAUGUAUGAACCUGCACCUGUAGACUUAACGCUGUCAGAAAUGUGUCAUUAAAGCUUUUAAACUUUA